AUGCCACAUCAUCGUUCUCGGCCAAGCGAAAACGAUAGCAAUAGUUGGUCGUUCUCCGAUUUUUUCGACCUUCUUGCUGCGUUACUUACGACCCCGGGCGCCCUCAACAUCCCAGCGCCCUCAACAAGCCCGAACGAGGGAAAGCACGAUUUCGAGCGGCCGGAAGUAGUGGCAGCGGCAGCGCGCAAACUUUUUUCCCCGGUCGACCUUAAGGAUUCAGAUUUCACCCUCGGGCUAAUCGACGGUCUACCCCACCAAAUAAAAUGGUUGCUCAUCACCUCCUACCUGGGCGAUGACCUCCCUUCUCUGAUCCAAUUCUCACUGACCAGCAAAACAAACUGGCUCCUCGUCUGCAGCUGUCCCCGUCGCUUCAUCGAGGUGGAAUUGACAUCAUCUGACUGUGCGAUCGCCUACCACGGCCGAAGCAAGCAUUAUCUUUAUGACGAGCGUUUUUGGGGUCCGCUUUUCGAAGGAUCCGAAGUCUCCCGUCUACGCCUAGACUAUGCGAAUCGUAGGCUGCCCCCACUCUAUGCUGACUCCCUGGAUAUUGAAACCGCCGAUCUGUGCACGGUCGAAAUCCUCAAAAAGUAUCUGCCGAAGAGCGGGAAAUACCGGGAGAUGCUUCUAAGCAUGGAAGUUUCUGGAGAUAUUUCGGAUGGGUUGAUCCGUUUCGUGCGAGACUCCGCAGAGCAGCUAGCGUAUCACAUUCUAAGCCACCAGCGGUAUCAGCUGUACAAGAAAUCUUACAGUCGAUUCCAAAACACGCGCCUGCGCUUCCGUAACGCGAUUGACUGGUUUGACCAUGGAGAAUUGGUAACCUUCCAACGUGUUUUGAUGAGGGAAUGGAUCAACGGUGGAAGAGAAAUUGAAUCGAUGACGUUCUCUUUCCGCGAGCGCACAGCGCGCAACAUCGCCACCUGGAAAUCAACCCACAAGGGGUACGACGUCAAAUAUAUCGAAGAGGACGUCGCUGUGAUUACAGGUCCCCACCGGCGAACCCUAUUUUCACGAUUUGUGCAGGAAAAAGAUAAGGAACAAGAAAAGCUGAAGAUAAAGUGGGAAAAUCACGGGCGUCGCCCGAGAAGUGUCUUCGAGGGGGCGGACAAUUUUCUUUCAAGGCCGGGCGCCAAGCUGCGGAAGUGGAGGCUUCGGGGUUCAGACGUCGAAGAUCCGUGGAGUUUUGCCCAUCUCUACCCGGCACUUGAUGAGACUUCAACGAAGGAAAAGCACGACUUCGAGCGGCCGUUGGUCGACAACAAACGUUCCAAUUUUACAAUCGAUUUCUUCGAAAAUCUGCCCGAUCCAGUCAAGCGCAAAAUUAUCCCCCGCCUCCUUGACGACCUCCACUCCCUCGUCCAAUUCUCCCUGACCAGCAAGGCCAACUGGCAACUCAUCUGUAACAGUCCACGUCGCUUCACCGAGGUUGAGCUGACUCUCUGCGGCACCUGCGCCAUGGUCUUCCAUCGUCGAGCCAGGCGCUGUCUCUACAACAAGCGCUUCUGGGGCCCGCUCCUUCAAGGAUCCAACGUUUCGAAGUUACACUUAAAAUACCCCCAGAAUUUUGACCUGCCACCACUUCAUGCCGAUACGCUGUCUAUCACAUGGCUCAGCCCUUGGACCGGCGCGCAACUUGAAAAGUACAAGCCAAAGACCGGGAAAUUCCAAGAAAUCCUUCUAAGUAAACCCUAUGCCAUCCGACUUCCGAUUGCUCAGGAUUUCAUCGAUUUUAUGCGGGACUCGGCUGCGUCUACCACAAUCACAUCUCGU